AUGACAGUGUACCAUUGUCUGAGCUGCCAAACUCCAAUCAAGUUGGAUGACUCUCUUAACAAGCUAUCCAAGGCACAGAGUGACCUUAUCAUUAAGAAAGCCACACAAGCUCCCAAAGUUCCUUUAGCUCCACCAACAAAUUACAUACCUCGUGAGAGACUUGACCUACUAGAGGAGGCAUUGAAGGAUAGUCCACAUGAUGCUGUCCAUUACAAGAACGAGAGUAACCUAGUCAAGGAGAAACCACUGUCCUACGACUCGAAGCACUCAUACGUGUAUAUCUCUGACAACGAGGAGUCGGAGCCAAAUAAUGAAACGGAGAGGAAGAACUCCGCUACUCCUGACCAUGAGGACCAACUACCUGAUUUCUCUCGUAUCAAGUCCUUGGGUCUUGUGUUCGAUAUCUUAUCUCAGAACCAAGACGUUAGUCAUCCUAUGAGCGCUGAGUGUGCCCAGCUUCUCAUCAACAACUACAAGUUCAAGUUUGACCAAAGCCAGCGGGAGAAGGAAUACUACAUUUCUUUCUUGAAGAAGCUCAAGGAAAGAGAAGGUAAUUACUCCACUUCUGCUGAGGCUGAAACCGACUCUAAGUUGGCCGAGGCUGCUAACGAGCUAGAGCUGCUACGUCUCCUCGAGCAGAAUAAACUUCAAGAACUCGAAGACUUAGAAAAGACUCACGAAGACUUGCAAGAUCAGCUUCGGGACCUAGACCAGCAACUUGAAACGCUCAAUUCUGAGAGUCUCAACGAUGUACUCCUGCUAAAGAAUACUCUUACGAUGGAUUUAUCACAAAAGCAGAGCCAUCUCGACCAUUCUAAAGCCUUGUACCAAAAACAACUAGAUCACUUGGACUCCCUACGGACACUCAAUAUUUUCAAUCGCUUGUUCCAGAUACUGUUUGAUGGCGAGGAGUCUUACGGAAGGAUAAACGGGUUCAGACUCGGGCAUAAAGUACCUUGGCCAGAGGUCAACGCUGCACUCGGCCAAAUUGCACACUUAUUCAAGUUCCUAUCUACCAGACUAGCGUUUGAUUUGGAAGGCUACAAACUAGUUGCAAUGGGCUCAAAGUCUUACCUCGUCAAGACGUCUGCUAGACAGACUACCGAGGAUGGACGUAGCAGGAGCUCCUCUGUUCUCCAGUUACACUCCACCAAUGAGUUCACCCUUGGGAAGCUCUUCAACUUCAACAAGCUUGAUGUUUCUAUGAUUGCACUACUUGACAUUGCAAGCCAAUUCGAAGCAAAGAUCACCGAGCUUGACGAGGAGUUUGAACUACCUUACCCAAUUGCCCCAAACCACGAUAAAAUUGGAGGCAAAAGCAUACGCGUCACGCUGAACAACCGCUGGACGGAAGCGUGUAGAUUCUUAUUAACAGACCUAGCGUGGAUGCUUACGUUCGCCAGUGCGAGAGACGACAUACCUACAUAG